AUAUACCAAAAGAGAACUCUCAACACCUUGUUUCACUUGAUUUUUCUGAUGUGCUACUCCCCUCUGUUGGUGGGAGUAGUGACUUGCCGCCAUAAACCAAGUGAUGUGUAGUGUUCACCCAUGAUCUGUUCUGACGUUCAGGAUCAGCUAGCUGUUACACCCAUUUAGUUUACUUUAGAUUUAGUGCUUAAUGUGUAUGCAGAAUGUUGAGGAUGAUCUUUUUCAAUUAUUUAGCGUGAGCCCAUAUUCAGUGGCGACAGAGGUGAAAAUAGAAACACACGUAACUCGCUUUCUUUCCUGAUGCUGCUUCCUCUUUUUAUUACAGGAGGAAAUUUACAUGUUGUGUUGUCUUUCCACUUCCCGUUAAGCUCUAUGAUUUCAGCAGGUUUCCUCUAUGGCAUUUGUUCUGUUGUCACAUCAGCUGUACUCUGUAUUUCCUUCAGACAAAAUACUUUUACACAGACUCAGUAAAGGAUGAAGUGGUGGCUCCUCCGUUGGCUGGUCCUGUUUUUGGUGGUUCAUAACACCCCCUGUAUCAAGAGUGAAGCAAAUCCAGGUGUAGCUCAGGGUGUAAAUAAAAAUCCAGUCCAGGGUAACAAUGCAGCUUCAGUUACAGCUAAUGGAGAAAAGUGUAACUUUGAAAAAUUACGUUUAUAUAAGGUUAAAAAGCCAAAGAAUUGUUUUCAUAGAAAUAAACCAGGUGUUCCAUACACUAGAUCGUGUAUGGAAGAAGUAGACACAAUUUUGAAAAGUGGAAGAGGAAGCCACCCUAUCAAAGCCAUGGAGCUUCUGGAAGAGCUUUUAACGGAAACAGAGUUGAAUGAGACUACAAGCCUGUCUGUCGGGAGUAUGGUGGCCAUCCUGUACAAACCCAAAGGGCCCUUCAAAGGACUCAACAUUUGUGCCACUGAUGAUAAUGAAACGUUAAGCGAGGGUGUCACCAACAGCAGAGUGAGUGUUCGACUGCCGAGAGAGUUGGAUGCUGGAUCAAACAACACAGUUGUGUUCUGCAUGCUCACGUGGCUUAAAGGAAGCACGACCCUAUGGGGACGCUCAUAUGAAUUAUAUGAGAGAAGACUGGUUGGCCUGAGCGUGGCUGGAAAGAAUAUUACAGGACUACAGGAGCAUGUCAACAUCACUGUGAAUCUUGCUGGAAAUGGAACUACAACUUCAUUCAACAAAUCGUUUACCGAAACCCUACAGCCCAAAUGUGUGUUCUUGAACUUUUCAACACAGGCAUAUAGCACUGAUGGCUGCAUAACCCUGUGGGAAUUUGGUCAGAGUCACGUCACCUGCUCCUGUGACCACCUCACAUACUUCGGCGUGCUUAUGGUUUCUGCUAACAUCUCACCUAAAGACCAGGAGAUUAUGUCAUACAUCACUGUGAUUGGCUGUAGUCUUUCUCUGUUAACCCUGAUCAUCACUGUUCUGCUCUUCAUCACAAAUAGAAAAGCCAGAGCAGAUCUCUCUAUGAAGGUCCACAUCCACCUCGUCAUUGCCCUGAUCCUGCUCAACCUGCAUUUCCUCCCUAGCCAGGCAGUGGCACUGUCCUCCACUGGCUUUUGCUUUUACAUGGCCCUUUCUCUUCACUACUCCCUUCUGGCCACAUUCAUCUGGAUGUCCCUGGAGGGGUUCCACCUCUACCUUCUCUUAGUCCGAGUCUUCAACAUCUAUGUCAGGAAAUACGUACUCAAACUCAGCGUGGUGGGAUGGGGUAUCCCAGCAGUCAUUGUGGCCCUGGUGGUCAUCAUUGACAGAAGCUCGUAUGGACGUGUCCCUCUGGACUCAGCUAACUCCAACAGCACCGCAAUAUGCUAUAUAGUCAAUAACACAGUGAAGAUGGUGACCACAGUUGGAGUAUUUUGCUUGGUGUUCAUCUUUAACAUGUUCAUGUUAGGGAUGACAGUCAGAAGCAUUGUGAUUCUCCGCCGGAGCAAAGAGGUUUCUUCAUCUUCCUGUGUUUGUUUCCACAUUUCAGAUGGUAACAUGACUAUUACCGACAAUACCCUCAAUACCACCAUCCAUGAUGAGGCCCCUGAUAUCAAUUGCAGUUUAUUGUUAUGCAAUCACUCUGCCAUCUUGCCAAUGAUGAAUUCUCUGACUAGUCACAACUAUGAGGCAGACAUGAUGCAACUCUUCUACAUAAGGAAUUCAUGUCAGGACCUCUUCAGGAGCCACCAUGAAGUCAAAAAAGCCUUUAUAAAUGUGGAAAGAACAAUGGUUCAUAAGAUCAUGGGAGCAUCCCAGCUUGAACCUGGAGGCUCCAUCAACUACCACCUCAAGGACUUGUCUCUGUCGGUGCUCAACUUCAGUGAGGCUCAGCUCAACGACUAUGAAAUCAAGAAAGAAGCUCCACAGCUGCUGCCACAGAACACAUCAUUUAUCCCUGACAUUUGGCUGCCUGCAGAUGCCCUGCACUCCCUCCCUAAGGAGAAGAGGGUUAUUGGUUUGGUCAGCUACAUGCAGCAGAGCCAGUUCAAAUUUAAACAGGAAGAAAUCUCAUCAAUGGUUCUCAGAAUCGAGGUGCUGGGAGAAAACCGCCUUCAGGGUCUGCGCAAGCCAAUCAAGAUGACUUUCAAAACUGCUCUUCACACAGCUAUGGAUAAUGAGUCAUGGUUCCAGUGUCACUAUUUUCAUGAAAGUGGUAGAAACCACAAAAUGGAUUACUCCAUCUCUAUCCAUGUAUCUCUGAGCGGGGCCCUGCUUCUGCUCAAUACCACCUUCCUGCUGACCGAGUGGGGGGCCACGGUAGAGCCAGCCUGGGUGUGUGUGUUUGUCGCAGCUCUCAUGCAUUACUCCUUGCUCUGCUGUUUCACCUGGAUGGCCAUAGAGGCACUCCACCUCUAUCUACUGCUAAUAAAGGUGUUUAACACCUACUUCAAACGCUACCUGGUCAAACUGUCGCUGGCUGAUGGGUGA